AUGGUUUUUGCCUUCUCUUCUACACUACGAGGGGCGAACAGCACUCGUUUGGGCCCAUAUGAUGCAUCCAAAGCUCAGAACUCGACAGAGCAUGAGCGUGAACUCGGUAUCACCCCCAUCUCCCCCUACAGCGAGAAGCAGACCAGCGAGGAGUGGGCAACCACCUUGGUUGAGGGUUGCCCUCGAACCUGCGCUGCUGCCGGAUCGGACGCCGCCAGAUGGACUCACAUCCAUAACGUUCGAGACCUGGACGGCUGCGAAGCUCCUCUGAUGUUCGAUCUGAAUGUGCACCCCGAGACCGUCGAGACCAUUCGUGUCUGCGCUCUCGACGGCCCCUCGUUCUCGUCCAAAGCGUCAGCACACCUGCGAGCACAUCUGCACCAGGGAGCGGCGCGAAGACACGCCAAGCGGGCAGAGACGGACGGCGAGGACGAUAAGGCCUCUACUGGCCUUUGCAAUCCUGCUCCUCUUUCACCCGUGCCCAUUGUCCUCACUUCUGGUUUGGCUGGAGCGCUGAACGCAACCGGUGGUGUCACCGUAGCCAUUCAGGGACUCAAGCAGCAUAUCACCAAGAAGGCCUCGUGUGGCAAGACUGUCCCUUUUUCCAAGGCAGGCUCUACCAUCGUCGGUAUUUACAUCAGCGCAGACAUGGGGUCUGUCGCUGGCACCGCCAUACUCGAGCGAUUUGAGAAGGCGGCCAGCCAGGGCACGCAGAUCAUGCAGGCCUGCGACAUCAACCCGAUGAACCCGUACACGUUUGGAAUCUUUGCUGUCGAUAAGGUCAGCGAUUUUGAUCUUGAUGCAAGGAUCAAGGUCAAUAUCCGAGGUGGUGAUCUGUUCACGGGCUCAUCCAACGGUACCUCCUCUGUGUCUUCGGUGGGGUUGUCGACGGAUCUCGAAGCUCGUGCCGAGUGCAAGACCACCAAGGUCAUCGAAGAUGAUACCUGCACCACACUUAGUGUUAGGUGCAACAUUCGAGGCGCCGACUUUGUCAAGUACAAGCCGAAGACGAACAUUUGUAGCACCCUCAAACCUGGGCAGUUCGUCUGCUGCAGUUCCGGGACGUUACCAGACAACGCUCCAGUGGCAGACAAGGAUGGCACCUGCGCCACGCAUAAGAUCGACAUCGGAGACACUUGUGUGUCUGUCGCAGCAACUUCGAGUAUUACGGUCAAGGAUAACGAGGCGUAUAACAAGGCCUCCAAGGGAAACACUCCUAUGCCCUCUCUUGUUAAAGGUGUAGCUUGCGGUCCACAAAAGCCCGGUACCAAGAAGCCUUUAGGCUCCUUUGAUAGAUGGGAUCUUGCCAAGCUUAACCAGUGUCUGCUUAACUCUUGCUGUAGAGGCUGGGGAUUUUAUGGCACUACUGAUGAGUUUUGUACUGAGUCCCCUGCUGAUACUAAGGCACCGGGAGCCAUUAAGAUCAACACCAACGGAUGCAUUUCCAACUGUGGAACUGACAUUGUGAACAAUAAGGCAUCCGCGAAGGAGUUCAAGCGCAUCGGUUACUUCCAGGCUUACAACCCCGGCCGCCCAUGUAUGCACAUGGAUGCUUCCGAGAUCGAAGACAACUUCAAGGAGCUGACUCAUGUUCAUUUUGCCUUUGCCGGCAUUACUGCCGAUUACGACGUCAACAUCCCAGAGCAUGUCAAGAAACAGUUUGACGUCUUAGACAAGAUGGAUGCUCCUUUCAAGAAGAUCCUGUCCUUUGGCGGCUGGGCCGAGUCGACCGACGCCGCGACGUUCCAGCGCUACCGCGAUGUGGUCAAGCCUGAAUACCGUUCCGUCUUCGACGCAAACGUUGUCAAGUUAUUGGAGAAGCAUGAGAGCUUUGACGGCGUUGGCAUCGACUGGGAGUACCCCGGUGCCACUGAUCAGGGCAUCCCUGCCGGUGACAGGACUGACGUUCUCUACUACCACCGCUUUCUCUCCGUCCUCCGAAACCUACUGCCAUCGAGCAAGUCUCUUUCCAUUGUCUUGCCCGGUUCAUUCAGGUAUCUGAAGCCAUUCCCCGUUGACCUGAUGGCCAAGGUCCUGAACUACUUUGUCUUCAUGACCUACGACUUGCAUGGGCAGUGUGACUACGGCAAUAAGUUCGCUAACCCCGGCUGUGAAAAUGGCAACUGUCUCCGAUCUCACGUCAACCGUACCGAGACCCGGAACUCGAUGAGUAUGAUCAUCAAGGCGGGCGUGCCGGCCGAAAAGGUCAUCAUCGGCAUUGCAAGCUACGGUCGAAGUUUCCGCAUGGCGGACAAGAGCUGCACGGGACCUCACUGCCUCUUUACUGGCUCUUACUCGGAGUCCGAGGCUGAGCCCGGCCAGUUCUCGAACGCCGAACUCGAUGAGAUCUGGCAGUUGGCCAGCAACGGCACCGAAGGUGUCUCGGCCAAGCGAUGGCAUGACGCAAAGACCCACUCGGACAUCAUGACAUACGGUACACAGGGCAGCGGCAUGACGGAUUGGGACGCCUACAUGAGCGACAAGACCAAGGAGGAGCGCGUGGCCUGGGUCAAGACGCUCAACUUUGGCGGCACCACGGACUGGGCCAUCGAUCUGGCGGGCUAUUUCGAAGGACCCAGCCAGAAGGGAGGGUCGUCCAACGGCGGAUGGUCCGACUUCAAAGCUGAUGAUCUGUCCUGCGAUUUGAAUGACUGGCCCACCAGCCUGGAGAAGCUGUCUGUCAAUAUAGACAGCAUCAAUGGAGCUUCGGUCAAGGGCACUGCUAAGGCCGAAACUCAACUGCACAUUUAG